UUGAAGUAAGCAGAGAGUCGGAACUCACUUGAAAUAGCAUUGACUUAGGUAGACGCUAAGUGGACACGUUUUUUUUUCAUAUAACAAAAAACCUCACAGGGUUUAGCUUUUUUUCUUAAUUACUUAGGCUGCACGGUGUUUUGGAUCUUCUCCCUGGAAUGAAACCAUGGAACUUAAACCAGCGUGGAAACUAGGACUGCCUUGAAUUCUGGUCGCAGUCGUUCAAUGAAUUUUCCUCUCCAUCGUAGGAGAGUGCUGCGUAUAGGCUAUUCACGCAGACGGGAUACCGCAGAAGUCUCUGAGCGGAAUUACACCUCUAGUCGAAAAACAACGGCUGCUGUCUACAGAAUUUGGUGGUACCUCUCCAGGAAACGAGAGUAAACAAAUUACACCAGGGUGUUUGCAGAAUAAACAAUAAACGCAGGGUAGAAAAUGGAGACGGUGAUGGAGAGAGAAUGCAGUGCGCUUGGAGGACUUUUCCAAACAGUCAUUGGCGACAUGAAGAGCAGCUAUCCAGUGUGGGAGGACUUCAUCAGCAAAGCUGGCAAACUGCAGUCCCAGCUCAGGACAACAGUGGUUGCCGUGGCUGCCUUCCUCGAUGCCUUCCAGAAAGUGGCCGACCUGGCAACUGGUAGCCGUGGAGGCACCAGGGACAUCGGAUCAGCCCUCACCAGGAUGUGCAUGAGGCACAGAAGCAUCGAGGCCAAGCUGAGGCAGUUCUCCAUGGUGUUUAUCGACUGCCUGAUCAACCCGCUGCAGGAGCAGAUGGAGGAGUGGAAGCGGGUGGCCAACACCCUGGACAAGGACCAUGCCAAAGAGUACAAAAAGGCCCGACAGGAGAUCAAGAAGAAAUCCUCUGACACGCUCAAACUGCAGAAGAAAGCAAAGAAAGGCCGCGGGGACAUCCAGCCGCAGCUAGACAGCGCCAUGCAAGACGUGAGCGACAAGUACCUGCUGCUGGAGGAGACGGAGAAGCAGGCGGUCAGGAAGGCGCUGAUCGAGGAGCGCGGGCGCUUCUGCACCUUCGUCACCAUGCUGCGUCCCGUCGUGGAAGAGGAGAUGUCCAUGCUGGGAGAGAUUACCCACCUGCAGGCCAUUUCUGAUGACCUUAAGACACUGACCAUGGACCCACACAAACUCCCCCCCUCCAGCGAGCAGGUAAUUAUAGACCUGAAGGGCUCCGACUACAGCUGGUCCUACCAAACGCCCCCCUCCUCUCCCAGCACCACAGUGUCCAGGAAGUCGAGCAUGUGCAGCAGCAGUCUGAACAGUGUGAACAGCAGUGACUCGCGCUCCAGCGGCUCCCACUCCCACUCGCCCACCUCCCACUACCGUUACCGCGGCUCCGCCCCGCCCCAGCAGGGUCCCGCGCGCCUGCCCAGCGUCUCCUCGCACGACUCCGGCUUCAUCUCCCAGGACGCCUAUCAGUCCAAGUCCCCGUCCCCCAUGCCCCCGGAGACCAGCCCACAGCCCUCUUCUGAGUCCAGCUCGUCGGACGCCUCUGAGUCUGGUCAAGCCAGCAGCGAGGGCAGCCCACAGGGCCCUCAGGGGCCCACUCAGCCUGGCCCCAACACUGAUGGGGAGAAGUUGUCAAAUGGCUACGACCAUCACAGACCCCCCGACUCGCCCUGUCUGCGUGAGGAGGAGUGCUCCCUGGAGCAGUACCUACCCCUACCACCACCCGUACCCUCCUCCGCCUGCCCCACCCUCUCCCCAACCACCAUUAUCACCACCACCACCACCACCCCGACCUCCCCUUCCCCGGUGUGGCCCUGGUCUCGCCCAAGCUCGUCCAUGAUGAGCGACUACCCCCCCUACUGCCCCCUGGUCCCGGGCAUGAUGCCCUUCUCCUCCAGAGUGCCCAGCUGGAAGGACUGGGCUAAGCCUGGGCCCUAUGACCAACCCAUGGUGAACACGCUGAGGAGGAACAAGGAGAAGCGGGAGCCCACAAGCCCCCUGGCAGGAGAGGCCAGCACUGCAGGGGAGGACCCACAGAGACCCAGGACCAUCAACCCCUCCAGCCUUCCUAAGCAGGAGGAUGCAGAGGCCCACGAGGAGCUGGCCAUGGCCCUGAGCAGAGGCCUGCAGCUGGACAUCCAGCACUCCAGCCGAGACUCCCUCCAGUGCUCCAGUGGCUACAGCACCCAGACCAACACACCCUGCUGCUCUGAAGACACCAUCCCCUCACAGGUGUCAGAUUACGAUUACUUCACUGUGGGUGGAGAGCAGGAAGUGGACCAGCAGGACUUCGACAAGUCCUCCACCAUCCCGCGGAACAGCGACAUAAGCCAGUCUUACCGCCGCAUGUUCCAGUCCAAGCGGCCGGCCUCCACUGCAGGGCUGCCGUCCAACGCCGGCCCGGUCAUCCUCACCCCGGGCGUGGCCACCAUCCGCCGCACGCCCUCCUCCAAGCCCAACCUGCGCCGGCCGUCCGGCGGCGGCAUGGGCCCCAUCCCCAUCCGCACGCCCAUGGUGCCCGUCAAGACUCCCACCGUGCCCGAGUUCCCCGCCGGCCUGCCCUUCUGCGAGGAGAGCGAGACGUGUUCGCCCCCCACCACCAGCCCCGCUGGGUCGCCCACCGCAACGGCCACCGGGGCAGCAAACGCCGGCGGCAACAGCCCCACGUCUUCGCCGCUGGCGCACACUCCGGGCGCGGGGCCCCACGGCGACGCUAGCGCAGAGGCGGCCGACACGCAGAGCGGCCAGGGAGACAACAUGCUCCUGGCCAUCCGCCGAGGGGUGAAGCUGAAGAAGACCACGACCAACGACCGGUCGGCCCCGCGCAUCGCCUGAAACCACACCCCCCCCCUACUGCAUAAGCGUGGAAGCAGUAAGGUGGGGAAUGGGGGUCUAAGAUGUAGCAAAAGUUUGUGUUGAGGUAUAAAAUGACAUUCGUGUCCAUACCUGUAGCAGGAGGAAGGGAAAUAUGGGGUCAGGAUGAGGUGACCUCAGAAAUAUAUGUAGGUCUCAGAGAAGGGAGAGAUUGGAGCAUUUGAUUUUAAUAUUUCCAUGACUUUUCAGAUUAGACGAAAAAAGGCUCUGUCUUUGUUUUGUACAUAAAUAAUUCUAAUUAUAUUUUGAAGUGUUAUACAGUAUGUUUAUAUGUUUCUCUUUUGUCAUUGAUGCUCCAUUUGUAAUCCCCAUUUCUGAAAAAAAAGGUGCCAAAAGCCUCAAAGCUGAGCGUUUUUCAAUAGUUUCAUUUCACUUAAUAGGAUUUAUCUUUUCUGUGAAAAUGCCAGAGAUUAUGAAAAAGUAAAGCAAUGACGAGAGUUAGGGUGGACAAUCUACUAGAUAGAACUGUUAAAACUGAAAGAAAAGUGCACUAGAGAACAGCCAGAACUGCGAUAUGGCAUCAUCUCUUAAAAACGUCCCUUAUAAACUCAUUUGAUACGUCCCCGUAGCUUAACGUGCAUGCCCAAUCUGAAAGAUUAUUGUGGCCAGUCGCUUCUGAAGACACAUACUUUAAUUGACUGUGCAGUGUCAGGCAGUAUUGUAAAUAGAACACACAGUCUAAAUAGUCGAGAAAUAGACGACACACGUUUGUAUGUUUCAACUGAAGUCUGGGUGAGACGCAAAAGUGUGUGAGUGUCUGGUGGAUAUUGAGCAUCCCUUUCUGCCCAUCGUGUCCAUUUUUGUGUUCGUUACACUACACUUCACUGGAGUGAUACACUUUGGUAAAAAGCCAAAGUGUAGAUGAACCCAAGGAUGUUUCAAAGACCCUCAACGCAUGGUUAAACAUUUCUUUUAAGUUUUCAGAAAAGGCCUCUCUAAAAGUAAAAAUUUAUACAGUAUAUGUUUCUUCAAUGUAAGCUGAGCCCCUUGAGAGACAUGCUGAUGGGCCUUAGGAUUAGUGACAUGUUCCGUAGACAGUCAAUUUCACGUUGCUCCACAGGAACUCCUUUAGUAACUUUGUUACAAUCGUGGAGUCAGCCGUGAUGGCGUACUAUUCACUUCUGUUCACAUACACUGGUGGUGUACACAUUUUGGUUUGGGAAGCUCCUUCAGUUGAAGCUUUGUUUUUAAAUAAUUCUUGAUAUAUAUUUUUGCCCUUAACUUAUUUCAACACAUGAAGACUCCUGCGAGAACUGGUCUACAAAGACCCUACAUUUUCCCAAGAACCACUGUAAAUCCACCAAGUAUUCAAAGCCAUUACCUCAUUGACGUAAGACUACAGCAGUCUAAAACAGUUUUCCCAAGGGAAGAGCUAGCUCAGCUACACUGUCGACAUGAACUUUUCUCACAAAAGUAUAAAGAAAUGUAUUUCUGCAUGUUGCUUUCAGAGUAUUAAUGCGCAUUACUUUAAAAAACUACAACUAUUUAUCCAAAUAAAUUCCCUCUUUCCCCCGCUCACCACAUCCCCAUUUUAGAGCCGUUGAAUAUAUUGUGCAGCGACUGAGGUCUGUGCUGUUGUCCCAGAAAAAGCGGACCUCUAUAAUGUGCGUAGAACAGAGUAGCUGAUGCGACAUGCAUAUGACGCUGACAUUAUGAACUGUCUGCACCUGUGUGAUUUCCUGUCUUGAUUACAACAUAAGUGGUUUAUUAUAAAUGUCAAACAACUCUAGCUGUAACUAUGUGUUGUUUUCUUUUUUCCAGAGUACAGCUGUUUAGAUAAGUUGCCAAAAUGUUCCCUUUGUAAAAUAACCCAGAUGUUCAAAACGCAUAGGUUUGGUGUUUUUAACCCGUUGUUGAAAGCAGAUGGUCAAACUUCAGGAUUUCUUAGACACUGUUGCUAAUGCUUGCUUCAGUAUCAUGUCUGUGUAUGAAGAGUUGACUUUUUGUUUAUAUGUUUUAUAUCCUGUCUCCUCUGACCUUUCAAAGAUGGUUCCUGUUUCUGUAGUUCUAUCCCCUCUCUCUGUCAAACAGUUUUCAGCUUACAAUAAAGGUGUUGAAA